GAUGUUCGUCUUGGUGGAGAUGGUGGACACUGUGCGGAUCCCCCCGUGGCAGUUUGAGAGGAAGCUCAACGACUCCAUUGCCGAGGAACUGAAUAAGAAGUUGGCCAACAAGGUCGUGUACAACGUGGGACUCUGCAUCUGUCUGUUCGACAUCACCAAGCUGGAGGAUGCCUACGUGUUUCCCGGGGACGGUGCGUCGCACACCAAAGUUCAUUUCCGCUAUGUGGUGUUCCAUCCGUUCCUGGACGAGAUUCUGAUUGGAAAGAUCAAAGGCUGCAGCCCCGAGGGAGUGCACGUCUCUCUAGGGUUCUUCGAGGACAUUCUCAUCCCUCCCGAGUCACUGCAGCAGCCGGCCAAGUUCGACGAUGCGGAGCAGGUGUGGGUGUGGGAGUAUGAGACGGAGGAAGGAGCACACGACCUGUACAUGGACACCGGCGAGGAGAUCCGCUUCCGGGUGGUGGACGAGAGCUUCGUGGACACGUCCCCCACCGGGCCCAGCUCCGCCGGGGUGGCCUCUACCAGCGAGGAGCCGCCGAAGAAGGAGGCCCCGUACACGCUUGUGGGAUCCAUUAGUGAGCCGGGCCUGGGCCUCCUCUCCUGGUGGACGAGCAGCUAGCCCUGUGCUGGACGUGGACCGGCCCAGUCCACAGGCCCUACCCCAGCCUCGGAAGGUGCCGGAGGACAGCAGCAGCCCAGAUGCCGAGGGGCAGUCUGCAGUCUGCGGAGGGAGCUGCUGGUGGGGCCAGGAGUGCCCUGCAGCUCGUCGCUCCCUGCCAUCCUGGCCUCGCCCCUCUUCCCAGAAGCCCCGCUCUCAGGGACAGAGACUUUAUUCAAUAAACAAUGGCCAUGGCAGCUGAGGAGCCACCUGUCUCACUGGCUGCCGUACGACCUAAGGUCACCGAGUUGCCACAGCUGGGACAGCAUGUCCUCCCUCUUCACAUCACUUGUGGAGACGGCCCCCCACACAUGGCAGGAUGGGGGCUGAGAUUCAGGCGGCCGCAGGCCAGGCGUUGGGCCGGGUGAGCUUGGUGGCUCCCUGAGGCCACACAGGGAGCGAGAGGCCCGCCCGGGGUAGCUGCCCGGGGCCGUGGAGCCAUCAGCUGCUGAGAAGAGUGAGGAUUAAGGGACCAGCACCUUCCUUCCCACUAAUGUGGAAGGUGGAGGCCAUGUGAGCUUUGCUGGCUCAAGGUGAGGACUGGUGACCAGCUGUGUCAUCGCCCUUCCUCCCAUCCGUGUAGCAGGAAGCUUGGGGACAGCUGUCGCUCUCAGACCAUGGCCACCGCAGGAACACCCUGUGGGUCUGCUGCGGCCCCAGAUCCUGGCAUGAGGGCAGGUGCCACUGUUUAUUCAGAACGGCUCUGCCACAUUCACCUA